AUGAACCCAUUCAAACCCGACGAGUCCUCUUCGGCCCAUUCCGCGCUGCCUCUAGCCCCAGGCCACGACGACGUCGCUCUCCCCGACGAUUUCGACUCGAACAGUCCAGCCAGCUCGCGCGAGCCCGGGAGCGCCCAGACUGGCGGUGAUGCAGCAGGAUUUCAGGAUGGAAACCGGGACAAUGCGGCCGACCGCGGGGACGACACUCCACAAACGCACCAGGAACAGGCUGGUGACAAGCCGCCAUGGAGCGAAACGAAGACCAAGGCCGGCAAAGAGCGGAAGCGGCUCCCUUUGGCAUGUAUAGCGUGUCGGCGAAAGAAGAUUCGCUGCUCGGGAGAAAAGCCUGCAUGCAAGCACUGCUCGCGGUCGCGGAUUCCUUGCGUGUACAAGGUGACGACUAGGAAGGCUGCUCCCCGCACGGACUACAUGGCGAUGCUAGAUAAGAGGUUGAAGCGGAUGGAAGACCGGGUUAUCAAGACGAUUCCCAAGGACGAGUUUAGAGAUAUGGGCGCGAUUGGCCGGGCGAAUGUGCGUCCCGCGCAGCCGGGGCAGGCUGUCAAGAACCAGAAGAAGCGGUCGGCCGAUGAAGCUUUUGCCGCUGAACUGGAGCAGUGGGCGCGCGGGAGCCGAAGCGGGCCGCAGGAUACCUUUCCCAUGCGGCGUGAGGGCAAGCCUGAUGGCCCGAGUCUGAUGACUGAGGGGGCCGAGUUUCUGCCGUCGCUGGAGAUACAGGAACAUCUGGCGGAGGUGUUUUUUGAUUGUGUUUACGGCCAAUCCUACCUGCUUCUGCACAAACCGAGCUUUGUGCGCCGUCUCAAAGCUCGCACAGUACCACCUGUGCUCAUUCUUGCGGUUUGCGCCGUCUCGGCCCGGUUCUCAACACAUCCACAGAUUAACUCUGAACCCCCGUUCCUACGCGGAGAGAACUGGGCAAGCCCGGCCGCGACGAUCGCUCUGAAACGCCACGACGAACCGAAUAUCACGAUCUUGACUGUUUUCCUGCUUCUUGGUCUUCAUGAGUUUGGUACAUGCCAUGGCGGACGGAGCUGGUCUUUUGGUGGGCAGGCAAUGCGCAUGGCCUACGCGCUUCAACUCCAUCGAGAGCUCGACUACGAUCCAUUACUGUCGCAGGGUAACGGUGGCGGUGUUCAGCUCAGCUUCACAGAUCGAGAGAUACGGAGGCGGACGAUGUGGGCUUGUUUCUUGAUGGAUCGUUACAAUUCAUCAGGCAGCCAGCGUCCCCCGAUCGGUAACGAAAAGUUCAUUCAGAUACAGCUUCCGAUCAAGGAGUCGCAUUUCCAAAUGGAGAUCCCGGGGCCUACAGAAGAUCUGGAGGGCAACGUGCUAAAUCCAGUCCCGGAAGACGUCGGCCAGCUGUCCAAUGCGAAGUCCAACAUGGGCGUGCUGGCCUACAUCAUUCGAGCGGUCGUGAUUUGGGGCCGGAUAGUUGACUACCUCAACUUAGGCGGGAAGCGCCGAGAUAACCAUCCGUUAUGGUCGCCAGAAUCUGGGUACUCACGACUCCGAAAACAGAUUGAGGAUUUUUCUGCCUCCCUCCCGAGCCAUCUACAUUUUACCUACGAAAACCUUCAAGUACAUGCGGCUGAUCGUGUCGCCAAUCAGUUCCUCUUCCUUCACAUCAUCAUCCACCAAAAUACUCUCUUUCUGAAUCAAUUCGCUAUUCCACUCUCACCCGGCGGGCGCCCUCCACGGGAUAUGCCCCGCACGUUUCUUAGCAAUGCUGGCCGCGCAGCAGUAGAAGCGGCCCAUCACAUCUCUGCGCUUAUAAAUCAUGCUGCACCAUAUCCUCUGACGGUUCCCUUUGCCGGGUACUGCGCAUAUUCGGCCAGCACCGUCCAUAUCUGGGGUAUUUUCUCCAAGAACACACAACUAGAAGCCCGGUCCAAGGAGAACCUCCGGCAUACCUACCGCUACCUGAACAAAAUGAAGAAGUACUGGGGCAUGUUCCAUUACAUGGUAGAGAGCGCCAAAGACCGUUACCGGCAGUUUGCAGAUGCCGCACUUAAAGGCACAGUGGCCUCGCAGAACGGUCCUGUUGCGCCCAUGUUCCAGUACGGUGAUUGGUUCGACAAGUACCCUCAUGGCGUCUCGCGACAACAUUGGGAAGACUCGAGCCAUGCAGCCAGGCAGAAGGAUGACGAGGCUGUGAUGAGUCAGAAACCGGACCUCCAAAGCGUUGAGGACUUCUUCGCCAGCCUCUCACCUACACCUCAGCCCAACGACUCUCGUCGGAAACACUCCCGGGCCGGCAGCAGAAUUGACCUAACAACGAUGGAUCAAACGACCCCCACACCAACCUCGCAACAGAUUGUCGACGUCAACCUGGAAACAUCUCCGGGCAUCCUCGGAACCUCAGGUACAGGCUUCCCCCAGCCAAUGUUCCCCCAAAACCGCGGCCACCAAACCUUCGGCCACUCCCCUUUCGACUUUACCAUUCCUGUCACCGACCAACUUCCCCAACUCGACCGUCAGUUCGUAUACGACUCCUUCGGCGGCUUCAAGCCGUCAACUAAUUCUUACGUCCCGAAUCCCAACGAUCAGCCACCCUCGUUCUCAACAAUGAACGGCGCAGACGUGGCGCCCCCGCCGGGGCCUCAGGAUACUGGUCUUCCCAACCAAGACAUUUUUACUGGACAGAUGGACCCCAAUGCCCCUUCAGGCGCCGGCGAGUACUACCAACCAUCUGCAUGGUUUCUUCCCUUCAACCUUGACCCGAUCGGCGCGGGCGUCAGUCUCGACCCGGGUUCUCAGCCGGAUGCAGGAGGCGACCUGUCAGGUUUCGGCGCUACGGGAAAUAUGCCCAUGGGCGCGUAUGACCUUGGGAUGUCUGGCAUGGACCAUAACCAUGGGUCGCAGAUGAAGGGACCAGCCAUUGAUUUAGGCGGUUCUGCCCUUACUAGCAUACUAGACGUCGAGAUUGCUCAGUUACUGCUCGUAGCGUGA